AUGGGCAUCAACAAGCAUCCUUUAGCUGCUAGUUUCCCCCAAGCAACUGGCCAGCCAUCACUGCUUGGCGACCCAGCAGAUCUCGCAUCUGUAUGUCUGUCUGCGGAUUGCCCCACGAGGAUCGAGGACUGGCUAUAUUCAGAUCGACCGCAACUUGUCAUUGAUGUGGUGUUGUUUGGUGAUGCAACCUUGUUGACUGUCACUUUCAUGCACACUCUCAUGGAUGCUAUGGGUCUUUCAAGUUUUCUAAAGGCGUGGACUGCUGUCAUGAAUGGCCGAGAAGACCAAGUCCCAACCUUUCAGCAGAUUGGGGAAGACCCGGCGGCGCGCUUUACCGACAGAACCCCAGCCGGCACCUAUGUGAACAGCUCCUUUCUCCUAACCGGGGUUCGCCUCUUAGGUUUCAUUGCCAGCUACCUCUUCGAGCUCGUCUGGCACCGUGGCCAAAAUGAACGCGUAAUCUGCAUCCCAGGACGAUGUGUCGACGAGAUGCGGGAGCAGGCAUUGCACGAGCUAGCCCAGCAAAAUAAGGAAGGGCCUGCUCCAUUCCUUAGUGAAAGUGACGUACUUCUAGCGUGGUGGCUCAAGGCCUUAAUAAAGGCCCUAAAUUCCUCUCCCAACCGCUUGGUGUCCCUCUUGAACGUGUUCGACAUCCGUUCAACUGCCCUCCAGGAAUCAUCAUCCACAAACACAGCCUUCAUCACAAACGCUGCCCUUCCAGCAAUCACCUUUCUUCGCACAAAGGAGAUUCUUCGCGAACCAGUCAGCUUCAUAGCCUCCCACAUCCGCCACUCGCUCGUCCAACAACGCACUCUAUCCCAGAUCGAAGCGUUCUUUGCUUUUGACAAAUCCGCAUCUGAGAAAUAUCCACCGGUGUUUGGCGAACCUACCUCCGUUCUCGUCUGCUGUAGCAACUGGCACCGAGGUCGGUUUUUUGAAGUAGACUUCUCCUCUGCAGUUCUUGCACCAGGCAUUCCGCUCCAUGACCGUGUGCAUCCGCUGGGCAGGCCAUCGUGCGUGAUCCCUACCCAUCAUUCGGGUGGGCUUUCCUUGCGCAACGUGGGGCCCAUCAUUGGCAAGGAUGCAAGUGGGAACUGGUGGCUAUCAUGCACCGUGAGGACAAGUGCCUGGGUUGGCAUUGAACAGGAACUGAAUGCCCUGGGUGCAAAAAAGACCCAGUGA